AUGCCCGGCACCACCACCACCAGCGAUAACGGGAAGCGAGUCUUCUCCGGCGCCAGCUUGAACAGCAACGGCAAGGUGAACAACUCGGCCGGCCAAAAGAUCAAGAACUUCUUCCGCAUCAGCAGCAGCAGCAAGCAUGAUGGCUCAACGGCGGACACGGCCAGCUCCCACGACGGGCAAAAUGACGGCUCUCGCACGCCGCAAUCCCAGCACAAGGACAACAACAAGUCGAGCCUGCGAAACAGCCGCUUCAUCCCGCACAUCGGCCGGAGUAGGAGUACGACGGUAGCUUCCGAGGGCAACCCGCUGGAUGAUGGCUUGAGUCCCAUUGCACAUGCCAAUCCCUACUUUCAACAUCAAGGCCCACCGGCUCUACGACACCACGAUGAUGGGAGCAUGCCCGGCACUCCGCCCGACUCACCCUCCGCCGCGAGGAAGCUCUCCCCGGAUGAUAAGCAGAAUGGCGGCGGUGGAGGCAAGGAGGAGCUCGCGAGGAAGCUGAGAAGAGUUGCCAGUGCACCCAAUGCCCAAGGCUUGUUCAAGUCCAAGGGCAGCGGCAGUAGACCACAAACGGCAGAGGAUGAUGCAACUCCCCUGCCCAAGAYCAAUGGCUUUGGUCAACACAGCAACUCCAGCGCGCUGAGCAUGGUCGAGACAGUACCCCAGGGCGACAGUCUGCUGCCACCAGGGCUGGAAGGUCCUAUUACACCCGGCAAGCUGCGGAACAGCAUCGCCUUCAGACGGACGUACAGUAGUAACAGCAUCAAGGUCCGAAAUGUGGAGGUGGGACCUGGCAGCUUUGACAAGAUCAAGUUGAUUGGCAAGGGUGACGUAGGCAAAGUAUAUCUGGUCAGGGAGAAGAAGAGUGCGAGAUUAUAUGCCAUGAAAGUCCUUUCCAAGAAGGAGAUGAUCAAGCGCAACAAAAUCAAGCGUGCUCUCGCUGAGCAGGAAAUCCUCGCCACGAGCAAUCAUCCGUUCAUCGUCACCUUGUACCACUCUUUCCAAUCAGAGGACCAUCUAUAUCUAUGUAUGGAGUACUGCAGUGGAGGAGAGUUCUUCAGGGCACUACAGACCAGGCCGAACAAAUGUGUGGAUGAGGAUGCCGCCCGGUUCUAUGCGGCUGAAGUCACAGCAGCUUUGGAGUAUCUGCAUUUGAUGGGGUUCAUAUACAGAGAUUUGAAGCCCGAGAACAUUCUACUCCAUCAGUCUGGCCACAUCAUGCUUUCGGACUUUGACUUGUCCAAGCAGUCAGACGCCGGUGGUGUUCCUGGGAUGAUCCUCGCCGGAGGCCGCAAUGCAAGCGGUGGUAUCUCUAGCAACCCUUCGCCGAACAACAUGCCCACAAUUGACACCAAGAGUUGUAUCAACAACUUCCGGACAAACUCGUUUGUUGGUACGGAAGAAUACAUUGCGCCUGAAGUUAUCAAAGGCUGUGGUCAUACAAGUGCUGUUGAUUGGUGGACUUUGGGCAUUCUCAUCUACGAGAUGCUGUUCGGCACGACGCCUUUCAAAGGCAAGAAUCGCAACGCAACCUUUGCCAAUAUUUUGAGGGAUGAAGUGCCGUUUCCCGAGGGAUCCGGAGCUCCUAACAUUUCCAACCUCUGCAAGUCCCUCAUCCGCAAACUCCUCAUCAAGGAUGAGCUCCGCCGACUUGGAUCUCGCGCUGGCGCCUCAGACGUCAAGUCUCACCCGUUCUUUCGUUCAACAUCGUGGGCUCUUCUUCGCCACUCGAAGCCACCCAUCAUCCCCAACACGGGCCGUGGCGUUGAUACCAUCAACUUUAGAAAUGUCAAAGAGAGUCACAGCGUGGAUCUUGGCUCGAACAAGGGAUUUGGAGUCACGGCCAGCAAGAUGAAAGGCGUACCGCUUGAUUCAGGAUUGGAGACGCCUGGUGGGGAGAUUGUGGACCCCUUUGAGGAGUUCAACAGUGUUACACUACAUCACGAUGGUGAUGACGGAGAGCAUCACCACGACAUGAAUGGCAACGGACAUCGGUAG